AUGACUACUGCAGCAGUUCGUGACAGAGGCCUUAAUCUUCUAACGGGUUGGCAAAACGCGCAAGAUAGCCGUAAUCGAGCGGAUGUACAGCAACAACGUAUUGACGACACAGUUUGGAGAAAGCCAGAUGAAGGUCAUUUCAAAUGCAAUGUAGAUGCUGCUUUCUUUAAAGAAAGAAACCGGGUUGGCAUAGGAAUAUGCAUCAGGGAUGAUAGCGGGAGGUUGGUGAAAGCCAGAACCAGUUGGUCAAUGCCGCUCUUAGAUGUGCCUGAGGGAGAAGCUAUAGGUCUUUUAUAUGCUAUCAGAUGGGCAAAAGAGCAGAAUUUAAAUAAUAUUACUUUCGAGCUUGACUCUAAGAGGGUAGUAGAUAGUUUUCACAGCACUAGAAAUGAUGUAUCUGAUUUAGGAGCUAUCAUCAGAGAAUGUAUGACUACCUUCUCAUCUUUUUUCACAAACUCAAGGGUAGAGUUUAUUAGGAGACAAGCAAAUGAGGUUGCUCAUAGACUUGCUAGGGCGGCCACAUUUUAUGCUAGUAUCCACUAUUUCACUGUAUUACCUGAUUGUAUUCAAGAUGUCCUUAUUAAUGAAAUGAGAUAA